AUUCGAGUGACUAUCGGAAAGGACUUGCUUUCAAGCGUUAACAAAAACUCAAGAUGGAUGCAGUCUCAGGGAAAAUGGCACCCAUGGGAACAGGAUCGGUCUCUGACCAUACUUUCUGCCAGCCAUGCGCGAACGAUGACAAGACCAUCCCUCCUGAUGUCUUCUGUACCGUCUGCAAGGAGUUCCUGUGUUCCAACUGUGCCCGAGUACACAGGAACAUGAAGUUUACCAAAAGCCACCCUCUUCAGGACAAGAGUACCAUGCCUUCUUCACUCCAACCAGAGAGUGAGAAUAAGCAUUUUACGGAAACAUGUCAACGCCAUGCCGAAGAGUUCAUAAAAUACUUUUGUCCGAAUCACGAGACACUUCUGUGUGGAGACUGCUUGGCUGAGAAAGAACACAGCUCAUGCACUAUUGAAAGGAUUUCUCAAGUGGCAAAGCGGUACAAGGAGGGCCCAAAAUACAACGGUCUGAAGGCAGGACUUGUCCAGGUGGUCAAUGACAUCGGCAACCUUUCAGACAACAUACAAGCGAGCAUGAAAUAUAUUGAUGAAGAGAGCUUUACAAAUAUCAAUGCACUUCGAAAGUUCAGGAAUGAUAUCAACCAAUACUUGGAUAAGAGGGAACAAGAGUUACUGGAAGAAAUUGAGCAGAAGAAACAAAAAUCACAAAGCCUGUUGAGUGAACUAAAAUCAAAUUGCCAAGACAUACAAGCUGCCACUGAGAAGCUCAAGGCUGAGCUACAAGCCAAGGAGGUCAACAGUAACCAGUUGUUCAUAUCUGGAACAAGGGCAAUUAAGGAGUUAGUCGGUUUUCAGUCAGCCCUUAAAGACAUCAGAGGUAAAAAUAGUGUGUCAUACUUCAAGUUCACAAGGGACCCCACCACAGAACAGCUGCUGGCUUCAUGCACAGCAAUUGGCAGAGUGGACCAGGUGGCGUCAGAUUUGGCAGACCAGGUGGCGUCAGAUCUGGCAGACCAGCAGACAAAACCUCAGGUGUCAGCCUUAAACCAGAGCCGUGCAGACCUAAGCCAGUCCCAGUUUAGUAAGCUGCCUGACGUCCCAGUAAAGGCAUCAAGUGACACCUGUAACUGCUUCCUGUUCUGUGUGGCCCUCCUGCCAGGGGACAGUCUACUGCUGUCUGAUUACAACAAUCGCUCAUUAAAGCUGGUUGACACCACGAAUAACAAGCUGGUGUCUCAGGUGAAUCUGCCAGGUGCGCCGUGGGGCCUGUGCCUUUUGCCCGGGGAUAGGGCAGCCGUCACUCUGCCUUGGGAGAAGAAGAUACAGUUCGUUUCUACUCAGGAAAAUGUCACGCUACAGGAUGUUGUUAAAUUAAAUGGACAAUGUUGGGGAAUAGGUUUCUGUGAUGACCACUUGAUAGUGUCCUUUGACAACCCAGGUAAGAUUAUGUUGAUUGACAUGAAGGGAAAGGUGAAGAAGAGUGUGGACAAAGAUAGCAGUGGAGAACCUUUGUUUCAAAAUCCCCUCAUUCUGACAGUGACCAGAGAGAGCCAGACUCCUCCAGCUAUAUACGUCUCAGACAGUGCCACCAACACCAUAACCAAGCUGAGCAUCUCACUAGAGGUGCUCCAGUCCUACCAAGAUCCGAUACUGAGAUCACCAUGUGGUCUGGCAGUCAUUGGGGACAACCAGCUGCUCGUUUGUGGAUGGGGCAGAGACAACAUCCUGGUACUGGACACACUCACCGGCAAGAUAACCCAACUGCUGGGGAAGGAAGAGGGGAUAGAGAGGCCAUACAGUGUGGCUUACUGUUCACUGAGGAAGAUGAUGUUUGUCACCUGCAGACCUGAAUUAGGGAAUUUCGUUAAAGUAUUCAACUUAGUAUAG